AUGGGGUUUUUCUGGAUGCUGAUGUGUAAGCUUUCUAAGGAGUAUCAGGUUAAUUGUGCUCUGUUUUUAUCUUUAAUGGCUUCUGGUGAAGUUGAUAUGUUAUCUCAGGGUUCUAGUUCAUCAGUUACUCAAUCAGUUGGAGUUAUUAUUAAUGAACCAUCAAGUUCUUCUGUUGGUACUCCUAGAGUGUUUACUUCAUUGAGUCCUGGUGGUACUAGAGAAUGGAUUCCUUCUUGUUCUGAGGAGUUAAAACCUAUUGUCGGAAUGAAUUUUAAAGAUCCCGAGGAAGGUUUAUCCUUUUAUAAAGCUUAUGCUACUGCUUCAGGUUUCACUUCUACAAAAAGUACUACUACAAGAAGGAAGAAGACUGGUGUAGUUGCGUUCCAGUAUGUCGUAUGCAAUAAAGAAGGUUUUAAGGCGUCUCGUAAGCCUGUUGUGGAAGCUGUUGAAGAUAAAUCAGAUAAGGCUCGUUCUACACGAAGGCGAAUGCUUACUCGUAUUGGUUGUGGUGCUCAAAUGUGUAUGAAAAACAUUAAUGGAUCAUAUGUUGUGACAUACUUCAAAGAAGAACAUAAUCAUCCUCUAUACACUCCUGGUUGUGCUAAAAUUCAUAAGUAUGGGAGGAAAAUGAGUAUUUUGCAUAAGAAGAUUAUUAUUGAUAAUUCAAAGGUUAACAUUGGUCCAGUGAAGUCCUUUAGAAUAAUGAAGGAGUUAACUGGAUCAUAUGACAAUGUUGGUGCAUCAAAGCAAGAUUUCAAAAAAAUUCAGAGAGAUUUGAAGGCAUUAAUUGAAGGAUCCGAUGCACAAAUGUUUAUCAACAAUUUUCAGAAUAAAAAGUUAUUAUGGAGUGCGUUCUUUUAUGAUUAUGAGUUAGAUGAAGAAGAUCAUCUCUGUAGAGCAUUUUGGGCAGAUCCUAUUUGUAGAAAGAAUUGUGCUCUUUUUGGAGAUAUGGUUUCAUUUGAUACUACAUUUAAAACAAAUAGGUACAAUAUGAUAUUUGGGCCAUUUACUGGAGUUGAUCACCAUAAAAAGUGUAUUACCUUUGCUGCUGCCCUUAUAUCUAAUGAGGAUAUAGUGUCUUUUGAGUGGGUUUUUAAAAUAUUUGUGAAGGCAAUGGGAGGUAAUGAGCCUCUCUGUUUGAUUACUGAUGAAGAUCCUGCAAUGAAAGUUGCCUUUCCCAAAGUGUUUCGGUCUACAGAGCAUCGGUUUUGCAUGUGGCAUAUUAUGAAAAAGAUGCCUGAUAAAGUGUGUCGUGAUCUUCCACCAGAUUCUGACUUUCUACAAAAGAUUUGCAAAGCUGUUUGGAGUGAAGAGAUUGAACCGGCUGAGUUUGAAGAGAGGUGGGCUAAGGUUAUUAGUGAAUUUAAGUUGGAAAACCAUGACUGGUUGUUGCAAAUUUAUGAGAAGCGUGAAAUGUGGAUUCUGGCUUAUUUUAGGGAUUUAUUCUUGUAUGGUAUUAUGCGAACCACAUCAAGGUCAGAGAGUGAGAAUAACUUUUAUACUAAGUUCACUAAUCCACAUCUUACCCUUGUUGAGUUUUACAUGAGAUUCGAAAGUGCUUUGGAUGCUCAACGCCAUACUCAAGGUGAAAAUGAUAAUUCUUCUAAACAUAAACAUCCUGAAUGCAAAACACGUUCUGCCAUAGAGAAAUUUUCUUCUGAAGUUUACACGACAACUGUUUUUUAUGAGUUUCAAGACGAGGUUGAAUCAGCUCUUUUCUCUUGUGGGCUUGAUGGUUUUAAGAAAGAAUUUGGAUUGGAUGUUUAUACUAUUGGAGAAGGUUGUCGUGUCCGUAAGUUUGAUGUUCUUUUUAAUGUUGAAACAUUUGAUACUAGUUGUUUAUGCAAGUCAUUUGAAAGGCAAGGGAUUCCUUGUAGGCAUAUGGUUUGGGUUUGGAAGGCAAAACAUAUUCAAAAAUUCCCGAGGCUUAUGUGCUUAACCGAUGGAGUAUAA